CUACCUCACCCAUAGUGUCUGGUUUCAAAUGGGGGAGAGAACAGAGAGUGACAAAUGUAAACAGUGGGGUGGCUGUGUUGAAGGAAAUUACCUCCCUGAACUGCUGGCAUGUGGCCAGCGACAAGACAUUCAUCUGUUUUGUAUAGAGCCUGACUCACUGGCAGGACAGAGGGGAGGGAGUUGAGGAAAGAGUGAGACGGCGAAUGAGACAGGAGAGAGUGGAGCGGAGCAGGCUGUGAAGAAGAAGCAGUGAUUAGGAAUGGGAGCGAGGCGGAGGCGCCACAACAUCUGAAAGUUUUAAACCUGUGAUUGCAGCAAGUGAUGCAAAGCAAGACUCCAGUUUGCUCUGACACGAGGAACCAGAGCGCAGUGCACGAGGACUGCACCGUCUAAAGAGACUUGAAUGCAGCUACUGCAGCAACUCGUGAGAAUCGGGGUACGAGGAAUGGAUAGAGAACGUGGAAUAAAAAAUUAAACAAAAAGUGUAAAGACUGAAGUGGACUGAGCUGUAUCGCAUUCUCCAGAUUGUCAAAACCAAGGAAGAAAGCUUAAAAACCAGGACAAUUUAGAGAAUCAAACCACUUUUGGAAAGAAGACCUUUUCCAAAUGAAUGGAUAAAAGCUCCAGCUGCAUGGAAAGUAGGCGUCCUGCUGAGGAAGUACCGCUCUGGUUGGGAUUAUUUUAGGAUUGAUGUGUUUCUGCAUCGGACCGUUUUACUUUUGACCCUGUCAAACAGUGAAUCGUCAACCACUUGUUGUUUUGUGGAUAGUGCAAAGGAAGAUGCAUCUUGUGCUCAAACCUUGAGCCACCCCACUACACUCUGCACCCUAGCCUGUGGGACCCUGUGACCAUGCUGACCGCCUGUCCAUCACCACAACGAUCAGAGCCCCGACCCACGCUCAGGCCCGCUGGAAUCUCAACAGCAACAUGUCUCAGCCAGUCGUGGCACAACUCGACACUAACGGCUCACGAGCGGCUGAAGCGCCUGAGAUUCAGCUGAAGUGGGCCGCCCUGCUCAUCAUCAUAGUCAUCAUCCCCACUAUUGGAGGGAACAUCUUAGUCAUUCUUGCAGUGUCACUUGAAAGGAAGCUGCAAAAUGCCACUAACUACUUUCUGAUGUCACUGGCUGUAGCUGACCUGCUGGUGGGACUCUUAGUGAUGCCGAUCGCCCUGGUUACAGUUCUCUACAACUCUGGAUGGCCUCUUCCGGAGUUCCUCUGCCCCAUUUGGCUUUUUCUUGACGUGCUUUUUUCUACAGCGUCCAUCAUGCAUCUAUGUGCCAUCUCCCUGGACCGUUACAUCGCCAUCAAGAAGCCGAUCCAACACAGCCAGUACAAAUCCAGAGCCAAAGCAAUGGUCAAAAUUGCUCUUGUGUGGCUUAUAUCCAUUUGUAUUGCAAUUCCCAUUCCAAUAAAGGGGCUUACGAACUACCAUAUUUCCAACAACAUCACUUUCAACAGCAACCACACCUGCCUGCUGAAGACGGACACCUUUCGGGAGUUUAUCAUUUUUGGCUCUUUAGCAGCAUUUUUCAUCCCACUCAUGAUCAUGAUGGUCAUCUACUUGCUUACUGUGCAGGUGUUGCGCAAAAAGGUUUAUCUGCUCAAGUCAAAAGUAACUCAGCGCUUUAACUCACAGAUAGUCUCCUCAGUUUUCCAAAGGGACGUAGUUACAACACCACCUGAAAUGGAACCAGUAGACAUGCUGGAUACCAAACUUCCAAGGAUGCAGGACAAACUGAACGAAGGAUCGAUGAGCACUCCUCCUACAGAGGACGAACUCUCCUUUCGGAGAAUGUCCACAAUGGGGAAGAAGUCAAUGCAGACUCUUAGUAAUGAGCAGCGAGCUUCAAAGGUGCUUGGCAUUGUCUUCCUACUGUUUGUGGUCAUGUGGUGUCCAUUUUUUAUUACAAACAUCACAUCUGCUUUGUGCACUAGUUGUAACGCGAGCAUCGUUUCUCGCCUGAUGGAGAUCUUUGUUUGGGUGGGUUAUGUGUCUUCAGGUAUUAACCCGCUGGUCUACACACUUUUCAACAAAACCUUCAGGGAAGCAUUUACCCGUUACAUCACUUGCAAUUAUAAGAACAGCACAAGCAGCAGGCCAGGGCAACAUCUGGCAGCAACACAGGGAGACUGGAAAUUAACGGGGAUUUCAUUCAAAUCGUCCAUGACCGAGAACUCAAAACUGUUGGUGAAACAGGGAAUGAAGAACGGCAUCGGUGCCAUGGGCUGCCAAAGCCCACUGAGGUGUCGCCACACGCCUGGCGGUGUUAUGUUAGACACAUUACUGCUGACGGAAAAUGAGAAUUCUAAGCAGGAGGAACACAUAAGUUGUGUAUAAAGAUGAUCUAAACAUGAAAGAACUUGACGUGUAUCAGAUUAAUGGUGCAAAUUUAACGCCAAAAGCCAAAAUGUCUCCUCACAUAAAAUAAUCCUGCCAGCCCUAAAGGCAAUAAUGUGAAUCGCCGGCACGACAAGUCACACAAAAAGACGAAAACAUCAGAUGCUUAAAAAUGGAGGUGACUUCAAGACAACAGGUUUCCCUAAAACCAAACGAAGAAAAACUUUAAUCUGAGAUUUUCUUUGAUCCCCACAAAACUCAAGCUGCCAGACAUGAUUAUCUGGAAAAUCUGUUGUACAUAAAAUGUGCUGUUCUGAUAUUUGCCUGUAUGCUAUAAACCAUCUCAGACCACAUGCUCCUAUUUACUAAAACUUUUAUGCAAAAUAAAAAAAGGAAAUAUUGCAUUUUUGAAAUUACAUGUCUUCUGUCGGCUUGGACAAACUUUUUGGGGUGCAUCACCCUGCAGUUGUGGCGUGUUCC